UGCCGGCGAUCGCAUCAAGCGAGGAAAAGCUCCCCCAAAAAUCAGUCAAACGCUCCUAAGGAAAACCCCCAAACAAACCAUAUAUUUUUGUAGUAAACAUAAAAAUAAAAAAAAAUAAAACACCAAAACAAACCAUAAAAAAACGAAGGAAACAAGCAAAUGUUUCAUCUUUGCCGUGACGCAAAGAUAUAAAGAUACAAAGAUAGAAAGAUAGCUGGCUAAAUGACAUCAAAGUGAAUGUAAACAGAAACUGUUUAACAUUUGCCAAGUGAAUAAAUUACAAUUACACGCGUCCAACUGCGUAGCAAAAUAUGCUAGUGAAAAGUGCCACAACAGCAGAAAAAGGAGCCGCUUUUCAUCCCAGCGCAAAAGGAGCUGUUCAUUAAAGCCAUCAGGCCAAAAGAAAAGCAGGAAAACCUGAAAAAGCAGCACCAGUAGCAGCAGCAGCGGGAAAAGCAUGCACUAAACUCGAGGAGGAGCCAACCCAUCGCCCCGUCUCUUUCCGGCUCGCUCCCCUGUCGCCGUCCCUUUCUAUUGAAGCGCCGCGGAAGAAGAAGCAGCAGCAAGGCAAAAUGAAUAUCGGCAUCGCAGCACCGAAAUGGGAUAAAUUGUCGCCGCGCGAGUUUUUGCAGCUGCAGGAGUUGGCCUCAUAUUCCACCCGAAAGCUGCAGGAUGUGCUGCGGGAGUUCAGCUCGCCGAGUGCCGCCAGCACGCCCAAAUGCAUUCCGGACGGGGACAUUGAUUUCGACGGGUUCCGGCGCUUCCUGGACGCCUUCCUCGACUGCGAGGCGCCGCUGGACCUGGCCAAGCAUUUGUUCGUGUCCUUCCUCAAGCCGAAUGUCACCCAGGCCCAGCUGCAUGGCCGGGCACUUAAUCAAAUGGCCGCCAUCAGCAGCACGGCCGCCUGUGCCCCAGUCACGUCGCACACGAAGGGCUCCAUACCGAACAUCAAUAGCAUUGCCGAGCUGAUGCCGCAGUGCAGCGGCAGCGGCGGCGUGGGCGGCGGCACUGGCGGCGUGGCAGGGGUCGAGGGUCACGCACAGACCCGCAGCAGCUUUGUGGACAAAAUCCACGGCAUCACGGAUAAAUUACAGCACUCACUCGGCGGACAUCUCUCGCACGACCCCAGCAAAACGGGCAGCGUCCACCCGAUGCUCACCGUGACGCCGAGUCCCUUGGCCAGCGGGCCCAGCAUGUUCCCGGCCAGCAAUCCGGCCCGGCGCUCCGUGGACUCCAGUCCCUCGCACUCGGCCACCAACCACUCGCAGAUGUCCCGCAACUCCUCCAAGAAGAGCAACAAUUCGGUUAAUUGCAAAAUUGAUGCUGACAUUAAGCUCCUGGCGCGAAAACUUUCCCACUUUGAUCCGCUGACACUGAAGGUCCCGCUGAAGGAUGUCGUCUGCUAUUUAUCACUGCUCGAGGCCGGCCGUCCGGAGGAUAAGUUGGAAUUCAUGUUCCGGCUGUACGACACAGAUAGCAACGGCGUCCUGGACACCGCCGAAAUGGACGCCAUUGUCAAUCAGAUGAUGGCCGUGGCCGAAUACCUCGGCUGGGAUGUCAGCGAACUGCGUCCGAUACUGCAAGAGAUGAUGGUUGAAAUUGACUACGAUGCCGACGGCACAGUGUCCUUGGACGAGUGGCAGCGGGGCGGGAUGACAACCAUUCCGCUGCUGGUGCUCCUGGGUGUCGACAGCACCACGCUGAAGGAGGACGGCAUCCACGUGUGGCGCUUGAAGCACUUCAGCAAGCCGGCGUACUGCAAUCUGUGCCUCAACAUGUUGGUGGGUCUCGGCAAGAAGGGUCUCUGCUGUGUGCUUUGCAAAUACACGGUGCACGAGCGGUGCGUGCAGCAUGCCCCCGCCUCCUGCAUCACCACCUACGUGAAGUCGAAGAAGCCCAAGUGCGGAGGAGAUCUGCUGCACCACUGGGUGGAGGGCAACUGCUACGGGCGGUGCUCCAAGUGCCGCAAGAGGAUAAAGGCCUACCACGGCAUCACCGGACUCACCUGCCGCUGGUGCCACAUGAUGCUCCACAACCGCUGCGCCUCGUCGGUGAAGAAGGAGUGCACUCUGGGGGAGUACUCCGAGCUGAUUGUCCCGCCCACGGCCAUCUGCCCCGCUGUCCUGGAUCGCCAGCGCUCCGUCAACCAGGCCAAUAAGAAAUCCCAAAUGCAUCACCACCAGGCCACGCACUUCCAAAUCACGCCGCCGGACGAGCUGAGCUGCCCGCUGCUGGUGUUCGUCAAUCCGAAGAGCGGCGGUCGCCAGGGGGAUCGCAUCCUGCGGAAGUUCCAGUACAUGCUCAAUCCGCGCCAGGUGUACGACCUGUCCAAGGGCGGGCCCACGGAGGGACUCACGCUCUUCAAGGACCUGCCGCGCUUCAGGGUCAUCUGCUGUGGCGGCGACGGCACCGUCGGCUGGGUUCUGGAGGCCAUGGAUUCCAUAGAGUUGGCCAGUCAGCCGGCCAUUGGAGUAAUUCCGCUGGGAACGGGCAACGACUUGGCGAGGUGCCUCCGAUGGGGCGGUGGUUAUGAAGGCGAAAACAUCCCAAAACUUAUGGAUAAGUUCCGAAGAGCCUCCACCGUGAUGCUGGACCGCUGGAGCAUCGAGGUGACCAACACACCGCACAGUGAUGAACUGCGACCAAAGGUGACGCUGCACUCGAACAUGCAGAAGGUGAUUGAGCUGUCGCAAAGUGUUGUGGUCGACAAAUCGCUGAUGGAACGCUUCGAGGAAAUCCAGCGGCAGAGCAAAGUGGUAACCACAACGGCGGCCUCCAGCACAUCGAUUAUGAUGGCCAGCGAAACGGAAACGGAAAUGGAAGUGGAGACGGAAACGGAAACGGCCACCAUUGGCAGAACGACGCGUACGACCACCACCAAGAGCAUUUCGAUGUCCACAUUCGAGACGCAGUGCCUGCAGAAGACCCUGCGGACCGCGCUGAGCAGCAGCAGCAGCAACACGAGUGCCAGCGGCAGUCCCUGCAACGGCGGCAACCAGCAGGCGGAGGCGGAGGCGGAAACGGAAGCGGGGGCCGCGACCAGCAGAUCCGGUGGAACGGAAAAGCAAUCACUUGAGACGCUGCUGCUGCAGCACAAACAGCAAAUGCAACAGCAGCACCAACAGCAGCAACAGCAGCAGCAACAAGGAUCGAUUGCUGCUGGGGAAGCGGCAACAGCAGCAACAGCUGGGAAUAAUCAAAGCGAUAAUAAUGGCCAGCGCAAUAAGCAAAACAACAUCCUUAAACAGCAAAUUACAUUGUCAUUGGAUUUGUCCGACCAUGAGGACGAUGGCGAUGGCGAUGGCGAUGGCAGCAACAGCAACAACAACAGCAUCCCAGUAACACCAAUUACGCCCACACCCACAACACCAAAUGCCACGUCGAGUGUGCCGGCACAGCAGCAACACCAACAGCAGCAACAUCUCCAGUUCGAGCAGCAACAGAAGCCCAUCAAAGUGCAAUCUGACAAGGACUGCACGGUGCCCUACAACAUUAUCAACAAUUAUUUCUCCGUCGGCGUGGACGCGGCCAUCUGCGUCAAGUUUCACUUGGAGCGGGAGAAGAAUCCGCACAAAUUCAACAGCCGCAUGAAGAACAAGCUCUGGUACUUCGAGUACGCCACAUCCGAGACAUUUGCGGCAUCCUGCAAGAAUCUCCACGAGAGCAUCGAGAUUGUGUGCGAUGGCGUGGCCCUGGACCUGGCCAACGGUCCCCACCUGCAGGGCGUGGCCCUGCUCAACAUCCCGUACACCCACGGCGGCUCCAACCUGUGGGGCGAGCACCUGUCCCAGAAGCGCAUCCGCAAGAGCGCCGGGCCCUUCGGCAAGAGCAAGAAGCUCCGGGCGGGCGACAAGGAGUUCUCCGCCACCAGCUUCAACUCCGUGGAUCUGUCGGUGGCCAUACAGGAUAUUGGCGAUCGCCUGAUCGAGGUGAUUGGCCUGGAGAACUGCCUGCACAUGGGACAGGUGAGGACUGGGCUCCGGGCGUCGGGACGCCGCCUGGCCCAGUGCAGCGAGGUGAUCAUCAAGACGAAGAAGACCUUUCCCAUGCAGAUCGAUGGCGAGCCGUGGAUGCAGAUGCCCUGCACGAUCAAGGUGACCCACAAGAACCAGGUGCCCAUGCUGAUGGCGCCGCGCUCGGAGAAGGGACGCGGGUUCUUCAACCUGCUGUGCAGCUGAUUCAGGCGCAGCGCAUCGAGCGACUUCAUGGGCAGGAACGCCCCCGAGUCCGCCGAUGAGCUGGACGAUGACUUUCGGAUCGUCACCAGGAGCACCACCGUCCAUAACAUAGCCUAGCGACAAUAGCUUUAGCCCCAGUCCACCCGCGAUCGCAUCGAUUUGGUUUAACCCUAGGUUAAGGCUUUCCCCUAGGAUAUGUCUGUGUAGAUGUGCUACAUGUAUUCUUGGAUGUAUGUAUGUCGAGUGAGUUACAGAGCUUUAUAUUUAGUGUUAGAGUAGCCAAAUAUACAACCGAACGAA